AUGUCCUCUUCGGGUAUCGUGGGCCACGUUCAGGCCAAGGCUCAAGAGGUCGCCAAAGAAGAUUAUGACAAGGCAAGAGCUCUGGCUGCCGAUGCGGCUCGAAGCGGCGCUUUUCUGUAUCCGCUGAGGGGUAUCGUCUACUUCCUCUCCCACCGUUCCCUGUGGAAGCCGUUCGCGUCCCGCAUCAUACCGACACUGAGUUUGUCCAUUGCCGUUAUUAGCGGCAUGUUCUUCUUCACCUAUCUCCCGCAGCUCGCUAUUCUGGUCUUCGUCAACGGUCCUCUGGCCGUUCUGACUACGGUCCUGCUCAUCUUGAACGAGAGCUCAACCAUCGUCUCGCUGAUUUCGCGCAACUUUUUCCUCCAGGAUGCGCUUCUCGAUACCUUUGACGGAGUCUUGGUUGCUCGGAAUGCUACUGGUAUCGUGAGCGAGGGUCGUGAGUUGAAGUCGGGCAGAGACCCAAUGGAACGACUUGGCAAGAUUCUCAAGAGUCCAUUCCAGAAGUACAGCCCCAAGGCACUGAUUCGAUACAUCAUGUAUCUACCUCUCAACUUCAUUCCUGUUGUUGGUACCAUCAUCUUCAUUGUCCUUCAAGGCCGAACCCGUGGAAGAAGUGUGCAUGAUCGUUACUUCCAACUCAAGAAGUGGUCUGCACACCGGCGCGCAGAUUGGUUUGAGAGGCAUACCGGAGCAUACGCAUCCUUUGGAACUGUGGCCACACUGCUCGAAAUGAUUCCUUUCGCCUCAAUGUUCUUUGCUUUCACCAAUACCGUGGGUGCUGCACUUUGGGCGGCUGACAUCGAGUCCAAGGAAUCCCAAAUGGACGAUAGCACGGCCCCAGAGCUCCGAGAAGCAGCCAGGAAAGCCGAGUAG